AUAACCGCGACGCAGGGGGGGGCGGAGAUUGAACUCACACUCACGCAAGCCAGUGGAGUGCGGACCUCCUUGUUGUAAGACAGCGACGACUUCGGCCACCUUCCAUCCUCAGACCCAAGAUACCAUCACACACUCCACGCAUCGCCCUCCUCAGCAUUCAUCGUAGGCAGCAGUAGACACCCUCAUUGCCACUGCUUACUACCACCACUGCUCUUCCACCUCGAGCAAUCGCAGCUCGACCUCGCCUUUGACAACACAAUCACAUCACCUGCAUCAGCUCAGCUCAGCUCAGCUCAGCACCUCCACGAUUGCUGGCACUACUUCACAGAGCCCUACAGGUAGCAUAUACACCUCUCUGCAACAUGGCAGCCGCACUUGAUACAAUGCCAAUGACUCUCUCUCCUGGUCUGGACGCACUCAAGACUUCGCCACUCUCAGGUUCCACCGAAUCGCUGCACCUGGGCGACUACCUAGAUUUAGGGGUCUCCUCUUCCUCUUCCAGUCCUCGCCCCUCACAUGCACCUUCACCUCGCAUGACACGCUCUUCCUCCAACGUUUUCACAGCGGUAGGAUCCUCUUCCACUUCUGUCGCCACAAACAAGACGCUUGCUAGUCCCACUGCUGCUGUGUCUCUCCCUCCACCGGAAACGCAAGCGCCGCCACCCCCUGGAUCUUCACCUGAGGCCGUCUUCCGCUUCUAUCUCAAGAUCGAGCUUCGUAAGAUGGGUUCACCCGCUGACGACUCGAUCAUCGACAAGUACGUUCAACAGCAUUAUAGUACCUUCAUCAAAGCAAUGGAGACUGGCAAGGCCGUGCCUGCACCUCCUAUAGCCCCGGCUGGGGCCUCCAUCGCGGCCUCAUCUCCUGCGCAGAAGCUCAGCAAGACUCCAGUGGCUACUGGUACCAAGACAGGAACCUCGUCCGAACAGAUCGACAAAGCCACGAUCCCGCCAGCAAACAACGUCGAAGCGCUAAGUUCAUUGUCACCUCAGCCCCAGCUGCAGCCAUUCAAGGUUCCUCUUUCAAGUGAUGCUGGCGCUGCCAACAUGUUCGACGUGGGUCCCUCUCAACAGCCUCUGUACGACAACAUCGACCCUCACUUCGUGCAGUUUGGCGGCACUUCUGCCACUGACUUCCCUGGCAUCAAGCGUGAAAGUGACGCAAUGUCCGAGGACGGCGGCGAGGGGAUGGAUGCCAUUGAGGAAGACAGCAAAGACGAUCUCGCUCCUCUCAUUUCGGACAUGCGCUUCAGCGCUGGUCACGGCGGAUCGGAUGGAUCUGGUCGAUACGGCAGCGAUGCAGGAAGCUCCCGAGGUAGUGAAGAGCCGGCUGGCGGCAUACCCCUUAGCAUCCGCGACUCAGCUGCUGCCGAUCUCAGGCCCACAGCAGAAGAAUACAGAGCUCUGAGCAGCAAGGAGAAGAGGCAGUUGAGGAACAAGAUUAGCGCUCGAAACUUCAGAGAACGAAGGAAGGAGUACAUCACUCAUCUCGAGUCCAAGAUCUCUUCCCGCGAUACCAUCAUAGACACUCUCCGCGCUCAGCUCUCGGCAGCAUCUCUGCAAAACAAGAAGCUAGAAGAAGAAGUCAAGACCCUUCAAGCUAGAAGUCUCAGCCAGACGGACGUUCAGAAGAUUCUCGAGGCGCUGCAGAACGUGACUACUACGGCUGGCGCAUCUUACCCUGCCAACACUUCUUCUGCAGCAGACUGGCCUCAGCACCAAGGCGCUCUCCGCUCCUCGGCAGCAAAUGACCUCACCCUGUCUUCUGCUGGCGCAUUCAAUGGCUCCUCUCGGCCCUCUACGCCCUCCUCGCCUCGUCCGGGCAUGGUGCGCAGGGGAAGCCCAUCGCUCGGAUCGAGCGGACAGCUGCCCCAGCACAAUCCGCGAAAGGACAUUGCUGUUGGCUCAUCGGCCAAGGGUAGCAGCAGUAGCGGUGGCAGCGGCUUCUGGAAGGGAGGCCCCACCGUUGCUGCUUCGGCUUGAGGUGCUCGAGGGCAAGCUACCCAGCGCUAAUUCAAAGCUCUGGCACUGAAGCGGCUGAGUGUAUCGGCUAGGAGCAUUCGUUGCUCGCCACCCAGCAUCGUCGCCAUC